AAGAAUGAAAAAAUUGGGAAAAUGAAUUGGUAAAAAGUCCAUACGAUUCAUGAUAAUUUUCCGUGACUGACUGCAUCAUGCUGCCCGGUGAGCAGGAUAGACUUCAGACUGAACCUGAAAACUACGUGAAAAACUUCUACGAAUUGUUUAAGAGCAUCGCCGAGGCCCAGAGGUUGAAAAACGACUGGAAAAAAUGUAAAAAAGCUAGGUUAAACAAGAAAAGAGACAAGAAGAAGUUAGACAUCAGUACUGACUUGAGUUAUACGAGUCCACCAGAGAUUGAAGUGUCCAGCAAUGCCUCAGCAUUUGCUGUAUUCUCGAGUGUCAGGAGUACAGUACUUGAGAAAAAUGGGAGAAUUGCCGGUGAAACUAUUCGAGCUUCCAAUUGUAAUUCCCCACAGCCCUUGGAGCUCAGUGAUACCAUUGAAAGUGAUAGCGAUGAUGAGGACAGGAUAUCAUCGACUCAGAGUUUACCAAAGAUUGUGGGCAUUGGAUUGAGAAGUGUUUUCAUGCUUGUUAGGGAGAGUAGAAAUAUCGAGCCUGUUCUUUGUGCUAAAGCAUUGAGCGCUUUGUUGGAUGUACUGCAAGGACAACUUCCCGAGGGUCUAAAAUCCGAACCUGAGGAUGUGGUCGAUCCUUUGUUUGAUCUACUGUUGGAUCUGGCUACGUCUCAUGGGCCAGAGUCAACUGUUGCCAAUGAUGGAACACACCUGACUGCAGUUGCGUGUGCCUGUUUGCUGAGUCUCGUUGUCGUUAGGGGGGAUACCGGAAGGCUUUUGGCUGCUAUUGCUGCUCUACUUAUGUGUCCAAAAGCACUAGCUACUCAAAAUAUUCAAAUGCCAUGUGUUUUAACAGCUCUUCAAAGAAGUGUUGAGGCAGUUCUGUUGGGAAAACUCACAAGACCCGAUUGGAUAACAUGUGGUAUUCCAAAGAAUUCAAGAAUUUAUACCUUCAAACUUCGUUUACCCAGUGAAAUGAGUAAUGUUACAUUAAAUGGAAGGAGUUUUGUCAGUGAUGGAAAGUACCUGUACCUGCACACUAAUCGUGGAUUAUUGAAAAUCGGAAGUGGAUACGGUGGGACUGUCGGUGGGCAGCUCUAUGGACAUAAGCCUGAUUUUUAUCCUACGGAAAUUGGAUGGCUCGGCUAUGCCAAUAGUUCUUUGUAUUUCAAAUGUGCUCCUAGGAAGCAGUGUGAGUUGUUGGAGCUGGAUGUGGAGACUCUUGCAGUGAGGGGUAUUGCGGUUCUGGAGGGCCGUGAUUGGCCUUCGUCUGUUAUGUUUUCUGAUGGUGAACAUUUGGGAAUGAUAACUGCUGGUAAAGACGAGGGUUUCGUUGUUCGUACCAUUAAUACACUUAGUAAUCCAGUGACAGUGACUUCUGAAUUACCUUUGAAAUUAGCUAGAAAGUGUGUUGAUGUUUUUGGUUGGGCAACUUUCGAUGAGGAGCAAUCAGUGCACACGUUAAAUCCAACCUGUGAUGAUGAAAUUGUUAUGGUUACUGCGGGAAAAGAAUUUAGUCUGCUUAAAACUGCCUCAGGAAAGCUCUUGUAUACUGGCAAGGGAAAUGCCCUUGGAAUGAAGAGCAAUACAAGACCAAAUCGUUGGCUUGAUUUUCCACUGGGAAAGAGUUCGAGAGUCAUUCAUAUAGCUGCUGGUCACGAUGGACAGCAUGUUAUCCUAGUCAUUGAAGAUGGAACAGUGUUGUUUGCUGGCACAGCAAGACGUGGGGAGGAUGGAGAUAGCUCGAAAGUUCGGAGGCCAUUGAAGCCAGUAAAACCAAAGAAAAUGCUCAAGGCAGAGGGACAGUCUAUUGUUGAUGCAGCAUGCAACAAUGGAUCAACAGCUCUGGUCACUAAAGAGGGCUCUCUGCUGAUGUUUGGAAAGGAUACGUUGCACAGCGAUCCCACCACUGGCUUGGUAACGGAUCUCAAGGAAGUAUUCGUCCAGAAAGUUGCUCUUGGCAAGGCUCAUGCUGCUGUACUCACGGAUAAGGGACAUCUCUGGACUUUUGGCAUCAAUAAUAAGGGACAGUGUGGGAGGGAGUUCACUGUUACCAGAAGUGUCAAUAAAGAGGUGACUGUUGUCGCUAUGGAGACUGGAACUGGUGAGGACGAAUUAAUUGUCGCUGAGGAUGAUGGAGGUGAACAGGUUGAGGAGUGGGAGGAAGCACGAGGUAUGUGUCCACCUGGUCAACAUCAGUGGAGGCACAGGGCUUGCAUGGUCUGCACGAUUUGUCGAGAAUGCACGGGUUUCGGUAUAUCAUGCCUCAGCAGCAUUCUACCAAAUCGCAAUCCAAAAAGACCUGGACAGGAAUGCGGCUGUGGCGUAGGGGAUAGCGGCUGUGCUGAAUGCGGUUGUUGUAGAAUCUGUGCCAGAGAAAAUUGUGACAAUGGAGGGGAUAUGGCUGUUUUUGGACCAUCCGGUGCUGGAGAUAUAGGCAUGAUGAGAUUGCACAUGUUAUUUGAAGGAAAGUCUGGUUCUAAUUUGAAAGAUUAUUUGAAGAGGAGACUCGAGGAGAGAAAGCAACGUCAGAGAAUGAAAGCUGGUCCAAGUACUAUUAAAUGGUGCAUGAAGAUGAAGGGAGCUAAUAAUCAACGGACAGUUGGUCCAAGUGCAGUAGCUGGUAAAGCGAGUCCUGGAAAAGUGCCUUUAAGUAGCCUACUCGCAGAGGAUGGCGUUGGAGGGAGUGAUGUGGAGCGAGGUGAUGCAACGAGAAUUGCCAGCAUACCACCAGCUCGAGUGCCAAUUCCAAGCGACAGUCCAGUUAUUCAAGUGACGUGUGGACUUCAUCACACAGUGGUACUCCUGCAAAACGGAGAAGUCUGGAGUUUUGGCAGCAACUUGUAUGGGCAGCUUGGUGUUGGUGAUUUAGUGGCUCACGCCGGACCCGUUCAAGUCAAGAUACCAACAACUGCUACACAGGUGGUCGCGGGGAGUAAUCACACUGCUGUGCUGACCUCAAGAGGUGAAGUCUACACAUUCGGUGCUUAUCAGAAAGGACAAUUGGGGAUGAAUUGGUGGAAUGGCCAGAAUGAGGCGAAUUCAGUCGCGUCACGUCGAUCUGAGAGGUCACAGCCAUGGCAUAGUUUUCCAAAUAUUGUGCCAAAUAUCGGGGCUCGAUGGGGAAGACGUGCCACAUGGGUGGGGGCAGCUGGAGAUCAAACGUACAUUAAAGUCGAUGAGAUUAAUUCAAUCAGUCUCAACAAGAGUACAGUACUGGCGAAUAAGAGCUGUAUUCUACUUAUUCCCCAUCAGCAGGAGCAUUCAAAUACUUUCAAGUGUCUGGUGAUCAAUAAGAGGGAUGGCAGCUGCAACAGUUUCACUGGGAAUGAUCAAGUGGACUUUAAUCAGUGUGCAGCGUGUUUAGAUUCACUCUACAAUGUCAUUUGGAGUUUCAACUCUUCGACAAAUGAAUUGAGUCCACAUAAUGUGAUUUCGACGGAAGCCAGGAGUAUUCCGAGUCUUGAUGCCUUGAUUUUAAGCCCAGGACUCUCUCUCCCGGUGAUUCCUUUCUGUUUUGUCACACGAACGCAGGCAGCUAUGCACCUCCUGGGGUGUCUCGACACUCUGACACAGGCUCAGGACGAGAGGCUAAUGGUUGUCGAGGAGAAUGAAACUAAUCAAUCGAAUCAGGAUAAAGUGUACAGUCGAGAGGAUUAUGUGACAGUGUCCAGGUUUGAGAAUCAUGGGGGUGGAUGGGGUUACUCGGGGCAUUCCAUCGAAGCCAUUAGGUUCAUGGCUGAUACUGAUAUUUUGCUCGGUGGUUAUGGACUUUUCGGUGGUCGUGGAGAAUACACAGCCAAGAUUAGGCUCUUUGAUAUUGGAAUUGAUGGUGGGGAUCAAGAGAAUGAUGGCGAAUUGCUGGCUGAGACUGAAGAGAUUCCUUACGAGUGUGAGCCACGUCAAAAGUACUCUAUAUUAUUUGAAGAACCUGUUCAACUUCAAGCCAAUCGGUGGUACGUUGCUUGGGCUAGAGUGAGUGGACCCUCCAGUGAUUGUGGAUCCGGUGGACAGGCGAUGGUCACUGCUGAGGAUCAAGUAAUGUUUUAUUUCAAAUCAUCGAAGAAAUCGAAUAAUGGAACUGAUGUGAAUGCUGGACAAAUUCCACAGUUGCUUUAUCGUGUUAUUACACCUGAAAAUCAAUCGCCUAAUCGACCAAGGGACCAAACAGAACCUGUCUAUAUUCUCAGGAGGGAGUUCAGUAGAAUGGUAACAAAGGAUUGCUUCCAGUCGCUCAUUUCUCUUCUUCAAUGGAGCUGGAAUACUUUGAAGGCUAGUCUCUCUGAUACAGUACACCGAGUGACGAGUCAUCACUCAGUUUUGGAGAUGGAUCAUCUCGUUUAUAUCAGCGAGGCGAGUUUGAGACUGUUGAGAACAUAUACCAAUGAAAUUUAUCCGAUUCAACCGCUGAAGAAAACCCCACCGGAGUCUGUUAGAUUGGCCGAGUGCAUCGGGGAAGUUCGAGCACUUCUUCGUCAAAUUUUGUCAGAUCCAGUUCCCACCAACUUCAAGUCUUCUAAAGGAAAAACGAGGAAGACUGAUAAUACUGGGAAUAAAAUGAUAGGAUUGAUUCUUGACGAGUGCCACAAGACAUUUGUCGCCUGCUAUCAUGCAUUUUAUCCGACUGCCUACCUCAAGUGGACAUCACUCUGUGAACUUUUGUCUGAAAUCGAUAAAGAUCAGGGGACGACUAGCAAAGAUCGUCUUCUCUCAGCUGUUUUGGCAUCUCUGUGUAAUUCCAUGGUACGGUUGAGGUCGACCUUUCCGAUCCUGAAUAAUGUCAUGGACAGCAGUGAUGGCAUCAAGAGGCAAUUGAGCCCAUCAGACAAUGCCGGUUUACCAAUGAUGAAUUCCACUGAAACCCAUCAUUAUCCCAUUCUAGUCGAGCAAAUGAGCUAUAAGUCACAGGUAGAAUCAACCGGCCGUGAGAUCUUCAAUUGGUCAUUUCGUGAAGUUCUCGAUCGACUGUUAGAUUUAAUUCUUAUACCAGUUAAGAAGUCACUGUUUCGUGAGAAAUGUAAUUCUCUGCCAAAUUUGGGAUUACAUUGUUGUUAUCUAUUGGCCCGUGUCAUUGCUGAAUUGGCGGCGCAAUCUAGUGGAAAUGAGGACGAAAUACAAGCAGCUUGUGGUAGAUUUAUGUACACAACACCUUCGAGAUUCACUAGAACUAAUCAAACGAGAACUUGGAAUACGGGAAAUGGAUCACCGGAUGCCAUUUGUUUCUCCGUCGACAAGCCCGGAAUUGUGGUUGCGGGAAUUGGUAUUUAUGGGGGUGUUGGGGUUUAUAAUUAUGAACUCGAAUUGUUGGAUGAUUUAAACAACACUGGGAAUGAGCCUUCCCACACGCAGAGAUGGAGUAGUUUGGAUUUUACUCGAGGCUCGUUUGGACCUGACGACUGUAUUAAUGAUAUUGUCGAAUUGAAAUUUAGCAAGCCAGUGCCGAUCAAGGAGAAUGUCAAGUAUGCUAUUAGAUUGAGAAAUCAUGGUGGACGUACUAGUAAUGGUGAUGGCGGUCUCAGCAUUGUGCGAGGACCAGAUGGGACCAAUUUUACAUUUUCAGUUUGCUCCCUGAGCUUCAAUGGUACGACUCAAGCCAGGGGUCAAAUUCCUCACAUACUGUAUUAUGCAAAUCCCCAAGAUUCUGAGAGCCCCCAGACGAGCAAAGCUAUUGGAGAAAUGCAAGCGAGAAAAUGUACAUUGGCCAUGACCACAACAAUUAUUCAUCGUGCCAAUGAAAUUUUGUCCCUAGCGAGAGAUCGUGCUGAGGAUUUGGUUACAGCUGAAGUUCUUGGUAAUGCAACAUUCGUCACAACACUUCUACCAUUAGUUAUGGCACACAUCAGUCCACUUGCAACGUCAGAUCCACGAAGUGGCGUUCAGGUUUUAACAUUAAUUCAAGAGAUGCUACCACACGUGGCUGGGCUCAAUUUACUAAAUGCCAUGGGCGUCUCGCAAGUCUCACAGGACAGCGAGGGACCCAGCCAUAACUCCAUUCCCGCAACUACUAGCCAUCAUUAUACAUGGAUCGAGAGUGACCAUCCCUACAAGCCUGCUAGUGUUUCGUGCUAUAAAGUUGCAUUUCCCAAUAGUGUUAAAUGGAUAACUCUUGAAUUUACAUCAGAGUGUGGUACGUGUCAGCCCGAGGACUAUCUACAACUGUACAUUCCUAAUAUUACGGGGGAUAAGGAAGACAGUUUCAAUAUACCAGUUUUACAUAAAAUGAGUAAUAUUCCGAGUCAGUGGCCUCAGAGUGCUGUAGUACUUCCAGGAAAUGAAGUGAUUUUCUCACUGGAAACUGCAUCGGAUUAUAUGAAAGAUGAUAUGUCGGUCACCUAUGGAUUCAAAUGUCUGGUUGUUGGAUACGACUGGCUCUCCUCCGGCAAUGGCCUGAAAAACUUGGAAAUUGAGCUUGCAUUUCUUGGUGGUGCAUGUGCGGCCAGUCUCAUGAAAAAAAAUCUCACGUUACCCACUGUUUCCAUUGAAGAGAUCGAGGAGAACUUGAAAAUAGCUCAGGACACAGCAAAGAGAAUAUUUUCAAUGCAUUCAUCACUCCUGGGGCGAGGAUUUGCACUCUCAUCGCCUCUGUCAAUCUCCCAAGCUCUCGACGGAGUUCUGCCGUUUAGUUGCCACUCGAAUGAAAGACUUUUCCUGAGGGAUUUUGUAUCUUGCUCGACGGGUACAAGUGGCAGUCGACUUGCGAGAUGGUUGCAACCAGACAGUUACGUUGAUCCUGCUAAAUGUGAAGCACUCUACGCACGAGAGGAUAUGAAAUGUGGUUGGCCUGCCAUCAUCACUGUUCUCACGCGAGAUCAGUACGGCGAGAUUGUUCACGUUUCAGGUUUGAAGAUUGAAGUAAAGGCAGUGCCGACUGAUAAGAAUGACAUAUCAGAGGCAGAUCAGGGCCGUAAAAUUCGCCGAGUAUCUCAACCAGAUCCGAUGACCUUCGGUGGACACCCUCAGCCCAGCCUGGAUGUACCGUACGAAGUAACAGUAAACAACAAAAUGUGUUUCUAUGCAAUAACAAUAAUGAAAGCCUAUCAGAAUUAUUCCUUCGAGGAACUGCGAUUCACAUCACCAGCGGUGAAACGAUCUAGUGAGAGUAUGCUGGUGAGGCCCAAUGGAGACGGUAGUUACAGUGCAACAUGGACACCAGCCUCUGUCGGUUGGUACUCUCUGAUGAUCACCAUCGAUGGAUACAAUGUGGAGGAUAAUUACAAAGUGGAGGUUAAGGAACCGCCCCAGGGGAUGCACCCACCGACUCAGAACAUCGUUAAGAAACCCCAGCAUCAGCCCAAUCGCCUCAGGAAGUUUGUUGGAAAGAACAGUGCAGGUCUGCGUAUUAGAGCUCAUCCUUCUUUACAGAGUGAACAAAUUGGUAUUGUUCCGAUCAACGGCACUAUUACUUUCGUCGAAGAGAUUCACAAUGACGACGGAGUCUGGUUGAGAUUGAAUUCUUCGACGAUUAAAGAAUAUUGUAACAGCAGUGACACUGAGGCCUGGUGUCUCGGAUACAACCAGCACUUAGGAAAAGCUCUAUUAUUUCCUGUGGAAGAGCCGAAAUCAAUUUUAGAUCAUGUAAUUAAAGAAUCAGUCCUGCGAAAACGACCGGAAAUGAGUGAAGACAAGAGGAAAACAGGCUUGGGGGAUCAUUUGACAGAGGGAAAACGCACGAUGGUUGUUAUAACGUCUGGUGCAUCUGGACAUAACAUCAGAAGUCGACCGAGUUUGAAGGCGCCGCCCGUUGGAAUGCUGACUCUCGGAGAUUCUGUUACUGUUCAAGAAUACUGGAUGAACGGGGAUGGCACAUGGGUCAGGAUAGAUGACGAAUCUGCCUCGAAAUAUUGUUUUAAUGAGGGGGAAGCUUGGUCCUUAGCUGUCAACAAGCAUGGGGUGGCUCAUAUGAAAGUCGAGCAGGAUUCUGAUCUCGAUGCGACGGAAAUACGAAUGCCACCUGUUGCAGCGAAGGAAACUAUGGGCUCGCCGAUUACCAAGGGCUUUGAUUUCUCCACUCCAUCCGGGAGUAAUGAAGGGUUCAACUUUACUUGCCAAAAUUUUGGGUCUGGAACUGGGGGGCAAGAGACAAAUCCAUUUGUUUUUGGAUCGUCGAGCCUUCAGGGGUCACCGGCCAGCGACAAAUGCGGAGCUGAGAAGAACGAAGUGUCUUCAAAAUUUAUAAAGGCCCAUUACAAAGAGAAAAAUGUCAAGGAGAGAGACCGAGACGGGGGUAGUAAAUUCAGUGUUUUACAAAAAUGGUUGAGGGGAGAUGAUAAAGAGAAAAAAAAUUCCCCUGGCAGGGAUUUUUCGGAAUUUGUUGGGGUCUCAGUAAAAGAGUUGGUGAAAGCAAUGGGUGAGAGUAGAGCGAAUGGAAACGGUGCAACACCACCGGAGACACCGCGCAAGACCUCGAGGAGUUCUUCACCAAAAAAUCCCCAAGGUGGAUCUCCCAGGUUCCUGAGCAGAUCGUCCAGUCCAGUUCCUAUACCUGCUGGUUCCACACGUCAGCCUACUGGUUCCGUCAAUUGCCUCUUUCCUCCCGCUACUAAUGUUCCAGUAUCAGGUAUGGUGGACAGCGUGACGUCCCCCCGUCGUGGCUCAACUCAAAGUGACACAAGUGCCUUAGUAAGUAGUCUCACGAGAGAUCCAUCGCAGUCACCCAGUGGUAUCAGCAGUACAGCGAAUACUCGUGACUUGUCGCCUAGUCCUAGUUGCAGUUCUCUGCACAUGCGAUCCGAGGGCAGCAUCGCCAGUCCCCCAGAUACACCCAAGAAAGAGCGAUCAGAUGCCCAAGAAAAUAGAAAGAUGUCUCAGGCCCAGACUCAAACGAGUCCGGAUUCUCCAGCAACUGCCAUGAAGGGUCACUUCAGCAUAGGAACAUCAGGCACGAAGGACGAACGUCAUUCUCCAAAAGUAACCCGAAGAGAUCAUGCCAAAGGAGUGAAAAUCCGUGCGAAACGUGCCAUUUCCCCAGUUAAUAAUACUCAAUCCCCGAAUCCAUCGCGAUCAUUGCCUCUGAACAGAGAAAAAGUGAAAGAAGCUAUCAGUCCUUCAGUUGCUGAAUGUCUGCGUGCUGUGUUUGCUGCGUUCCUGUGGCACGAGGGAAUAGUUCACGAUGCUAUGGCCUGUGCCAGUUUUCUUAAAUUUCACCCAACGCUUCCUAAAAAUGGUGCUCUGGUGGUGACACGACAGCCUGUCAUUCAAGCCAACGAUAAAAAAGAACAACUGACUAAAGAGCAACGAGCGCGUCAAAGGCACUCGGUCGAGGUGACAAAUGCUGGAAGCUAUCUGCACAUUCAACCGAGCACUCUGGAGACGUUGACGAGAUCCGCAGCAGGUGCCAAUGCCAAUCGCAACAGGAAAAAACAAGAUUCAUCGAUAAAAGAGAAAAUAUCGGAUAAACUGAUUGCAUUACCCGAGUGUCACACAGUGGCUAUUUUACCGCCUGCAUUGAAGAGUCUAGUUUUUCUGUGGGAAGAACUCAGUAGUAAUUGCCUUCAAGCUAUUGAACAGCAGACGGUUCUGCCCAGUCCCAUAUCUCAAUUAAUUAAAACUCCCAAACGAAAUUGUGAAAAAACUGGUAAGGAUGACAAAUCCAAGGAGAAGGAUAAAAAAUUAAACAGAAAGAAAAAAGAUUGGGGCAAAUUUAUUGGAAAAUUCAGCCCUGCUGAGGGCACGGGAGAAUUGGAAACAACGUGUGAAUUGUGUGGACUAAUGUUUCCUCAUCCAGUUACCUACCACAUGAAAACGAUGCAUCCAGGAUGUGGUUGGCAUUCUGGAGGAAUGGGGUACAACAAUGUCGGUAACUACUGUUCAGGCUGGGCAGGUAAUUGCGGAGAUAGUGAUUUCGGUGGGACUUGUUGGUAUCUGAUUUGUGAUUCGUGUCGUGAUAAUUAUUUGAAAGCACGUAAGAAUAAAGGGGGUAAGAGGUUGAUUGGGAGUGUUUCGAGGAGAAAAGGAAAGAGCCUCUUGUCACCAAUGGCAAGUCCGAGUGGCAAUGAGAGCCACAUAAUAAUGAAAAAUAAUGCCAUGUUUUUGUUGGAUCUAUCAAGUGCCUCGGGGGUGAAUAUUCCGAAGCAACAGAGGAGACCAUCCCAGACUUUAUCGUCUGUUGCAGAGAAUUAUAGUCCUCCUGAAGCCGGGCCGUUCCCUCCAACUGGUCCGUUUCAGUGCCUCCAAGCUUUGGGAUUUCAUCAUUCUCAGAGCCACGAUGAUGAUAAAUUCAUCUACGAAGAGACAUUGAGGCGUCAUAAUGGGCAAGCAAAUAUUUAUGAGAGUUCUAACAAUGGUUUAGUCACAGGGAGGCCUCUAUCCGAAUGCCCAAUGAGUGACAGUGACUCUGAAGGUGGCAAAACUCGUGGGGUUUUUCAUCGAUCAGUAUCAAUGUCCACUGGUGCCCCUUGGUCAAGGAACAGCAAUGAUGGAAGAGUCGUAAUGAUGAGGAAGCGUAACAACAGCAGCAGUGAAAUGAAUAACGAAGCAGGAUCCUCCUUGCUGUGUUAUCCAUCAGCAGCGCUCCAGAAACUAGUCCCAUCGAUGGAUCAAUCGGCAAUAGUAUCGAGUCAGAAUGAGGUUCCAACGACUGAUAGACUGGAGAUUCUCAUGAGGCCUGUAAUGCUGUUUGUCCUCCAACAGCACAAUCUCCAACACGUUCAAUUAGCUAUGAAGCAGGCAUUGAGGAGAGCUGCAUGCAGAGUCUACGCCAUGCAGGCUUUCAAUUGGCUCUUGCGAAGUGUCACUCAACCCAUCUGUUUGCACGAUCUUCUGUGGUGGUUUGUGGCAUCUCUAACACCUGCCCAGGAAACUCCAGACAGCGAUGAUGAGAAUAAAACCGAGACUGAGAAGAAGGAUGAUCAAGAUAUGUCUGGAAUCUGCGAACACCCCCUGAGUGAUUUAGUAAUCGCUGGAGAGGCUGGCAAUCCACUACGAAUGGCAUUUCACACUCUUCUCCAGACAAUCGCUGAUCUCAUGCUCUUGCCAUCCCCUGGAUCUUCACUCCAACAAGCUGCUGUUCGAUGCUGGGGCAUCAAAUUCACCCCAGCAGAUCAUGUGUUUCUCCAUCGAAGUCAUGUCUUCAGUAACAUUAGUAAGAUUUUGUCACGAUGUGAAGGAGAGGAGGACAUGACAAUGAGCAUGCACGAGAGCCAUCAGUCCACUUAUUCUCAACAAAUUACAUCAAUUGUCGAGGCGCUCAAAGACUUGACUGGAGGGGUGGAGAUAAAAGCAUCGAGUCGUCAAGCGAUGAUUGGACAUCUCACUGAUAAUUCCACCGAGACAUUCUGGGAAUCUGGAGAUGAAGACAGAAAUAAAACCAAGACUAUUAGUAUAAUUUGUUCAGCCCAUACAUUUCCAAGAAUUAUUUACAUUCAUAUUGAUAAUUGCCGUGAUUUAACGCACAAAGUCUCCAGCGUUACCUUUCAAUCUGGUCUCAAUCUCGAUGAAAUGGUGAAAUUACGAUCUGUAGAGAUUGAGAGUAGAUCAGCAGGAUGGAUCAAUUGUCCCAUAAGUAAUACGAGGCAUAACAUCAUUGGGCUAGAGUUGAAAGGUCCCGAUAAUUCCUUGAGAAUCAGGCAAAUUCGAGUUCUUGGAGAAAUUGACGGUGAAUCGUUGAGACUUGGAAGACAAUUGAGCUCGAGUACAAUUCAACAACGAAAUUGCGAAGCUGAGACCCUCAAAGUUUUUCGACUCAUCACCUCUCAAGUCUUUGGUAAAUUGAUCCAAGGUGAUCAUCAGCAACAGCAGCAGCAGCAGCAACAGCCACAAAUGGAACAAGCUGAAACGAGUAAUGAUGAAUUAGAGGACAGCCACGAUCUCCGAGAGCAUAUGGUUGGCAUAUUAUUCAGUCGAAGUAAAUUAACACAUCUCCAGAAACAAGUCUGUGCUCACAUUGUUCAGGCCAUUCGAAAAGAAACAACACGACUUCGCGAGGAGUGGGAGCAUCUUUUAUGCUCACCAACUCCCAUCAAUAGUCUUUUGAGUGACUCGAGUGAUACCCAAAAACCAUCGGACACGUACUGUUUCGAGAUGUUAUCGAUGGUUCUUGCUUUGAGUGGAAGUUCUGUGGGACGAAAUUACCUGUCUUACCAAUGGGGACUCUUGAGAGAUCUCUUUAGCCUUCUCCACACUGGUUCGGCCAGAGUUCAGAGACAAGUUACUUCAGUGUUACGAAGGAUUCUACCGGAAAUAAAACCCUACUCGUUAGCGGGUGUUUUAGGUAUGGAUAGGAUGCCACCCAAUGACAUUUCAGUAGUAAAUAACAGUGAGUACAGUGAAUUUGAGGGUUUCGAUGAGCAUUCCCUGAGAAUUUUAGACGUCUUCUUGAGUUGUAUUGCCAAGGCAUUGACAGUUCAAGUGAAAGUUAAGGGUAAGGAGAAUGGAAAAGCCCUGCAAACUAUAACUCUAGCAACGAGUAUUCAUCCAAAAAGUUUCUUAGGUUCAAGGUGGUGGUUACGAGGCUUCAUGACACGAAAACUCGCUGAAGUUAUAAUCCAAUUAUUGAAGGAUAUGGCCGCUGGAAAGUUGUCAGACGCAUGGGCCUCAGUAACCAAAGCUGCCAUUGCCGAAAAUAUCUUGAACUUGACAAAACUCGACGAGAAAAUUCGAGAGCCCACAGAGUGCCUCAAAUCUCCAACAAUGUGGCUUGCCCUUUCAUCAUUGUGUGUUCUCGAUUCUGAUCAUGUGGAGAGGCUCUCCUCGGGCCAGUGGAACACAAUGGAUGGCCAGCCACCUCCACCGAGACCAACUUGUAGCAAUCAUGAUGAUGGUGAGACGACUGCAAUCAUCCAGUGCAACGUCUGUGGAAAUCUCUGCGGCGAUUGUGAUCGAGUGUUGCAUCUCCAUAGACGAACGAGAAUGCACAUUCGUCAGGUUUGCAAGGAAGAAGAGGAGGCCAUAAGGGUCGAUCUCCACGAGGGAUGUGGAAGGACAAAGCUCUUUUGGAUCCUUGCACUGGCAGAUAGCCGUACUUUAAAGGCCCUCGUUGAAUUCAGAGAUGGAACUCCCAGAAAGAGCGUAGGGGCCAGCUCGGGUGUAUGUCGAUUCUGCGGUACAACAGGAAAUACUGGACUACUGGCCAUCGGCAAUAUCUGCUCUGAUCAUGAUUGCCAAGAGCAUGCUAAGAACGCCUGCAGUAGAAUUCACCCGUGCGGCCACAUUUGUGGAGGUGUUAGAAAUGAGAAGACUUGUCUACCCUGUCUCCAUCGGUGCCAAUCCAUCGGCACUGGUGACAGCCAGUUGAAACAAGAUGCUGACGAUAUGUGCAUGAUUUGUUUCACUGAGGCACUCUCCUGUGCUCCUGCUAUUCAACUCCAGUGUGGCCAUGUUUUCCAUCUUCAUUGCUGUCGAAACGUCUUGAUGAAGAGAUGGGUGGGACCAAGAAUCACCUUUGGUUUCUCAUUGUGCCCCAUAUGCAAAAUUUCCAUGGAGCAUCCAACUUUAACCGAACAUUUGACUAGUAUAAAAGAACUUUACACAGACGUCCGAAGAAAAGCACUCAUGCGACUGGAGUACGAGGGCUUGCACAAGGCAGACGCUGUGACAGCUCCAGGCGGUCGUUAUCAUCAGAAUCCAGCGGCGUAUGCCAUGGACCGUUAUGCUUAUUACGUAUGUUACAAGUGCCAGAAGGCGUACUAUGGAGGUGAAGCAAGGUGUGAUGCCCAGCUCGGUGGUGAGUCUUUUGACCCCACCGAGCUGGUUUGUGGUGGCUGCAGUGACGUGGCAAGGGCUCAGAUGUGUCCUAAGCAUGGGGCGGACUUCCUCGAGUACAAAUGUCGAUAUUGCUGCUCGACAGCUGUCUUCUUCUGCUUCGGGACAACUCACUUCUGUAACCCCUGCCACGACGACUUUCAACGUGUCACCAAUAUUCCAAAGAGCGAACUCCCAUCCUGUCCUGCCGGCCCUAAAGCAAAACAACUGGAAGGUGACGAGUGUCCAUUGCACGUUAAACAUCCGCCCACUGGGGAAGAAUUCGCCCUCGGUUGCGGCAUUUGUCGCAACGCCCACACCUUCUAAAUCUUCCUCAUGUCUCAUUUUGAAAAGGAAAAGACUAUUGAAUGAGGCUAAAUCUAGCUUAUUAUUAAAAUGUAAACGUAAUUACCGCUGUGGAAUUGACAUUGAAUUCAUUCAUCAUAUGUCGAUGAUAUCGUAAUAAUAUUUUGUGGUCUGAGAGAGUCAUCAGUUUUUCUUUUCGUUUCUAUUGUGAGUAAUUACACGGAAUCGUUUGAAAAUGUAUAAGCGUUGGACAAUUGAUCGUUUUCAAAUUGGAAAACAGAUUAUGAAAAUAUUUAGGAGUUACAAAUUUUAAUUCUAAGAGUGAUCAAGGGCAAUUGAACUGAGGAACAUUUUUGUGUAUUCUACGAAAGAACAUGCAAAACAAAUCAUAGAGAGAGAGAGAGGGAGAGGGUGAGAGUGAGUGUGAGUGAGUGAAUGAGUGAGUAAGUAAGUGAGUCAUGUGUGUUCAUUCUGUGAGAUUAGAUUUCGAUAUACGAAUUACGAGGAAAAAAAGUGAAAUGUAUAAUUUUGAUUUAGAAACGAAUAUCAAAUAUCACUCAAUGUAUUUUCAAUUCCAAUCAAUUUUCAUUUUUAUUUUAUACUUUUCCAUAUAAACUUGCAUGCGCUAUUGAGGCGCAUCGCUCAACUAUUUAUUUAUUAUUGAAUGAAAUAGAAUAAAAGGAAACCGUAAAUUAAGAACUUUGCGUUGAUUCGCAUGAAAUGUAUUUAUUGCAGUCGCAUUAUUUGUAAUGAA